AUGGAACUAGAUGGGAAAAAGAUUGCUUUAGAAACUAAUGAUUAUGAUUUUGGAUUGAGUACACAAGAUAUGGAAAACCUUUCCCAAGAUACAUUUGUACAUGGUUUUGAUCUUUCUCAAGUCAAAGUCGAAAAACCAAGGAAAUCACGAUCCAGAAAGACGUCCACACUUAACUUACGUGAUGAGCAGAUACAUCGAACCGGAGAAGCAUCACCGGAUGCCGCAUUGGUGUAUAUCCGUGAAGAGGAUUGGGAAAAAGUAAGAAAUUGGUCAACUUAUGCCACACCGCUACAGAUUGGACCUGCAAAAUUAGACAGUCAGAUGGCUGCUCUUCUUAUAACUAAAACUGAGUGGCUUGCUAACUCGGUAAACCUAUAG